UACCAUCAGAGCUCGGAACAACAGCCGCACGUAGCGCGAGUCACCGCCGGAGGAGGAAGUCCGUGGUCGAAAAUAGCGUUUUAUUUGGCCGUUUUCACUACCGCGUCGAUAAAACCACUUCCAUCAGCUGCGGAAACGCUUUGUAUCCCUAAACCGAAUCACUGAAGCAGCUCAUGCGAAAUCUUCACGAUGAAAACCGAAGUGUCUACUGCUGCUAACUUUGUCACCCGUCUGCUGAGAGGAACGGGACUGCUUUCAGAAGAACUGCUGCAGCAGUUCAGAUUCUCUCUGGAAGAAGCUUUAGGGGAUCAUUAUCAGCACCACUGGUUCCCAAACGCACCCUGCCGAGGUUCGGGUUACAGGUGCAUCCGGAUCAACCACAAGAUGGACCCUUUGAUAGGCAAAGCGGCCUGUACGAUCGGACUCACAAAAGAGCAACUCUUUUCACUGCUGCCAAGCGAACUCACCAUGUGGAUCGACCCGUAUGAAGUGUCCUACCGGAUCGGAGAGGAUGGGUCCAUAUGCGUCCUCUAUGAGUCCACACCUCCGGACACAAACCAGCCGGAAAGCUGCAAAGAUGAACUGAGAAUCAGACGGCCGAGUCCGUCCAAAUCCUUCAGCAUGAUGACCUGCUCCAGCUGAAGAGUGAUUCUGUGUAAUUAACUGCUUGUGAGCUUCGCCCACAUUCAGUUUCUUCUUAAACCUUGUUUUUUUUUUUUUAGACAGAUUUUUUUUAAAUCAACGUGAAAUCUUCAUCCUAUUGACCUCAUGGUGAAAACAAAUGUAUUUUGAUUAAAUGUGUUUUAAGCUCCCUGUACAGUCAUGUUGAAUAUGUUUUUUUUUUUUUAAUUUCUAUUAAAAUGUUUCUAUGAAUUUCUAAAAAAA